GGAGCUGCAGGGUGUUAUUUCAUGGAUCUGUUCAGUGUGCUGCUGCUGUGGAAGCAACAAUUUAUUUUUGGCAUCUGACAUUAAAGCUUACCCUUAGCUGUGACAGCGGCCCCUCAGCCCCGGGGUUUGACUGGAGCUGUUAGUCCGUCCUCUGACACUUUGUGAACAGACCGAGUGAUACCGAUGGAUACCCUUUAUCUCAGGGAUUGACCGGCACCGGACACGCGACCUGUUGUGGGAGGAGAGCGGUUGUGCAGCCUUGGUGGUGAACCAGAGUCCCAGCCAUCAUGACCAAAGAGGAGGAGAACCCUGACUGGGUGGGGGCCCAGGAGUUCUACAAGAAGUAUGAAACCAAGGAGAUUCUAGGAAGGGGAGUGAGCAGCGUGGUGCGUCGCUGCAUCGACAAACAAACGUCUCAGGAGUACGCAGUUAAGAUCAUCGACAUCACCCCCUCGGACAAGACGACCCCGCAGGAGAUCGAGGAGAUCAGAGAGGCAACGGUGAAGGAGAUCGACAUCCUCAAGAAAGUGUGCGGACAGGAGAACAUCAGUAAGCACAUACUGACAGAUUUGAAUUCAAACUUAAAACAUGGAUCUACAUUAUAUAGUCUCAGAAAGCCAAAAGAGCGUGGCUGGCUUUUGUCCCAUUUAUCUGCUCAAGAGCUCAAAGACUGCUACGAGUCCAAAGCCUUCUUCUUCCUGGUUUUUGACCUAAUGAAGAGGGGUGAACUUUUUGACUACCUCACAGAGAAAGUUACUCUGAGUGAGAAGGAAACCAGGAAAAUCAUGCGUGCUCUGCUGGAGGUGGUCCAGUUUCUCCACAACCAAAACAUCGUCCACCGAGACCUAAAGCCUGAGAACAUCCUUCUAGACGACGAGAUGAACAUCAAACUAACCGACUUUGGCUUCGCUGUGCAAAUCCAGCCACAACAGAAACUCAAAGAGGUGUGUGGGACCCCUGGCUACCUCGCACCGGAGAUCAUUGAGUGCUCCAUGGACGGAGGGCAUGCAGGAUACACUACUGCUGUGGACAUAUGGAGUUCGGGGGUGAUCAUGUACACGCUGCUCGCAGGCUCUCCGCCGUUCUGGCACAGGAAACAGAUGCUGAUGCUGCGUAUGAUCUUGUCUGGGAGCUACGACUUCUCGUCUCCAGAGUGGGAAGACCGCUCAGACACCGUUAAAGAUUUGAUCUCUCGGAUGCUGGUGGUUGACCCAAAGCAGCGAUACACCGCUACAGACGUCCUCAACCACUCGUUCUUUUCACAGUAUGUGGUUCAUGAAGUACGACAGUUCAGCCCAUACAGGCGGUUCAAGGUAAUUUGCAUGACUGUUCUUGCCACAAUGCGAAUCUACUGCAACUACCGCCGUGCCAAGCCUGUCACCAAGGAGGUGAUCAAGAGUGACCCGUACGCUGUCAAGCCCAUCCGCAAGCUCAUUGACGCGUGUGCGUUCAAGAUCUACGGCCACUGGGUCAAGAAGGGUCAAACUCAGAACAGAGCAGCACUUUUCGAGAACACUCCCAAGGCCAUCCUGCUGUCGAUUGCUGCCGAGGCCGAUGAGCCGGUCCACCACAUUUGGUAAUAAGCACUCAGGGCAGAUCUGCUGGAGAUGCUAACAAAGGUACUCUUCUUCUUAGUGUGGCUUUUUGUACUCUUGUUAUAUAAAAGGAAAUUAACUGGUAAAACAUAACCGACAAACACCAUACAAGGUUAAUUUUAAUGUGAAGAACGAAUUUUGCUCAUGAGUUUUUGAAAUGCAGCAGUUUGUUACAGCGGGAUUGAUUUACCUCAAGAAUUCAGAAUACCACUGUUUAACACUUUACUUGCUUUCUGUCCUAAAUGUAGAUUAGAAUAACAGAUUUAGAGAAAAAAUGUCAAGUCCGUUCUCAACUGUACAGCCUCUGAAAAUUGACUUAUUCUUUGAUGCCUGUCUAAAGCGAUUGGAGGCAGCAGCCACCUGAUUGUUAUCAGAGAGAUUGUUUCUUUAGUACUGUGCACUAUCUCCACGUCUCAAACAGACAAGGUUUCCACCUUACCUUUCACUGUAUGACAUAUACAGUUUGUUCAAGAUUUAAAUUUUGGAUGACCACAUUGAUACAAUCAAUGAAAUUAUUUCCGGUUGUAUAAAUGAUGCCCUGGAGUAUCACGUUAUUCUCUCUACAAACAUUUGUCACAACUGACAGGCAAAGCAAAAAAAAAAAAAA